AUGACGUCAACAGAUAAAAAUGCAAACCAGGCCAAGAAGAGAACCAUCGACUUGUUGGCCGGCGGCUGUGCCGGCUUGUUCGAGGCUCUCUGCUGCCAUCCAUUGGAUACCAUUAAGGUGAGAAUGCAAUUGUACAAGAAAUCUAGUUAUCCUGGAGUGAAACCGCCUGGAUUGGUCAAAACUGGUGUCAACAUCUUUAAAGAUGAGGGAUUCCUAGCCUUAUAUAAAGGUCUUGGUGCUGUGUGUCUUGGUAUUGUGCCUAAAAUGGCAAUCAGAUUCUCGUCUUUUGAGUUCUACAGGUCUCUAAUGCCCAAAAAAGACUCAGGUCACGUGUCUGGUCUUGCUACAUUUUUUUCCGGUGUGUUGGCGGGUGUUACUGAAGCUUGUGCUGUUGUGAAUCCCAUGGAAGUGGUCAAAAUCAGAUUACAGGCACAACAUAAUGCCUUAAAGCAUGGUGGUUCUGUUGCAUCAACCACUGGUGCAGUUCCAAAAUACAGAAAUGCCAUUCAAGCAGGCUACACUAUCGUCAAAGAAGAAGGUUUUAAGACACUUUAUAGAGGUGUCGCACUUACUGCCGGUAGACAGGCUAUUAAUCAGGGUGCCAACUUCACCACCUAUACCUACUUGAAGGGAAAGUUGCAGCAUUCUCAAAACAGGGACCAUCUUCCAACUUAUCAGACAGCUAUCAUUGGUUUUAUUUCCGGUGCCAUUGGUCCAUUUUGUAAUAACCCCUUGGAUACUAUCAAGACAAGACUGCAAAAAGAGACUGGUAUUUUCAAAGAGUCCAAUUUCUCUAGGGGUAUGAGAAUUGGCCGGGCUUUGUUUAAAGAAAGUGGUGUGAGCGCCUUCUACAAAGGUAUCAUACCUAGAGUUGCCAGAGUUGCUUCCGGUCAAUGCAUUGUCUUCCCAGUCUAUGAGUUUUUCAAGGUGCAGAUGUAUGACUUUGCUGGCCUUGAAAGACCAAAAAGACUCAAGGCUUAA